GGGUCACACUGUGUCACGGUGUAUUGGACCACAUGAUCAGUCAGAAGCUUUUUCGUCUAAGAUUGUGCUCCUCUGUGUCUUUCUGAGUGCUGUAACUUUCGUUAAAUGGAAGAACCAGAAAUCGUCGGUGCCGGUGACAAUUCAUCGAUAGCAAUGCAGCUGAUUAAGCAGGGAGCUGAGGCGCGAGUGUAUUCUUAUACGUUCAUGGGCAAAUCCACUAUUGUCAAAGAACGAUUCAAGAAACGAUAUCGGCAUCCGGUAUUAGAUAACAAACUCACUCACAGACGCACAUCUCAAGAAGUUAGAUCCAUACUCAAGUGUAGGAAAGCUGGAAUGUGCACUCCAACAGUUUACUUUGUCGACUACGAAACACAUAGAAUAUACAUGGAAAACAUUGAAAAUGCCACCACAGUACGUAACUACAUUGCUUCAGAACAGCAGAAAGGAACAGACCUCACCUCUUUGAUGGCACUUGCUGAAAAAAUCGGGACUGAUCUGGCAAAGAUGCAUGACAUAGAUGUCAUCCAUGGCGAUUUGACAACCUCAAAUAUGUUGUUACGGCAACCCCCUGGGGCAUCUCCAGUUAUCAUGAUUGAUUUUGGACUGAGUUAUGUUUCUUCUCUGCAUGAAGACAAAGGUGUCGAUUUGUAUGUACUUGAAAGAGCUUUUCUUUCCACACAUCCAAACACAGAGAAGAUUUUUGAUUGUGUGUUAUCAUCAUAUCGUAAAUCUUCCACAAAAUCCACAGAUGUGCUGAAAAAACUGGACGAAGUCAGAAUGAGAGGGCGUAAAAGAUCUAUGGUUGGCUAG